AUGGCUUUAGGUCUUUCACAGUCACGUGAGGAGGUGUCCUGCAGCGUGAUGGGUUUAGAUCGUGCUCGUGCUGAGGGAGAGGGAGAGGUACAGGUACAAGGACAGGGGCAGGUAGAGGUGCACCACCGUCCGCUGCUUGCGUUGCCUGCUCCUCCUCCGUCGCCGCCACCGCGGUCCAGUCGGCGGCCCGUUCUGGUCCCUGUUUCCGGAGAUCCAGAUGAGAUGCUCUACAGGCGUACGUACGAGAAAAAGACUCAGAGCAAAUACAUCGAUGAGUCGAUCGGCUAUGGUCUGUUUGCUACCGGGCGCAUCCCUGCCGGGGAGGUCGUCUUCGCGGAUAAAGUCGCCUGGCUUGCUGGCCCGGAGGUCCAGCGCUGGAAGAAUGCAAAGACGGCCGACGACCUCGUUGCUGAGAAGGUCCGCGCGAUGGGCGAGGAGUGGCACCGGGGUUUCCUGGGUCUGCCGAAUCCGCAGCCCAAGGGUUCGUCCGGGGGCGCGUAUGCUCAGAUCUGGAAGAGAUACCAUAUGAUUGCUUUGCAGCCGGAGAAUGUAAAGGUAUUGGUGCUGGGGCUGAACCUGGCGUUUGUGAACCAUUCGUGCAUCGCGAAUGCGUCUCUCUACUAUACAUUGCGGUAUCCGAGGGAUGAGAACGGGGAGGAGGAUAAGAGCCUGCCCCCGAAAAUUGGACGGGCGGUGGUGCGUGCGUCCAGGGACAUCAGGCCCGGCGAGGAGAUCACCGUUGCUUACUUCUACGCCAAGGGGGAGUGUGGAGUACGCCAGUUGAUGUCCAGUAUGUACUGCAAGUUCUGGUGCGUGUGUCUGUUCUGCCGGGACCCGGUCCGCGAGACGGAGAAUGCUCUGGAGAAGCUCUACACUCUCGAGACCAUCUUUGAGGACGCAGAUACCCUGUAUAAACGGCCCGCGGUGGUGUUCAAGAACGCCUACGAGCUGAUUAAGCUAUACGAGCGGCUCAAGAUCAGCGACACGCGCCAGGUCCAGGUUUGGCUCUACUGCGCGCUGAUUGCAGGAUUCAACUGCGAUCUCGGCCGAGCUAUGCUCUUUUUGAUCAAGGCACGCGGCUUGGUUCUGAGUCUCCAUGGUCCCAACGGUCAUCUGUACGACAGAAUCAGGGUCUAUUGUCAGAUGCCUCCUCUCAUGCCGGGCUUCGGAGCUACCACCCGCGGCCGAUCCGCCGUGAAACAGUGCUAUUUCAUGUUUGCAGACCAAAAGCACUCUGCAGAUGUCUUGUUCAUGCUCACAGCAAAGCCUGACGAGUACAUCCGACUGCACCGCUACCGUCGCAUUCCUGACAGCCUGGCAAAGCCUGGAGAGAGCAGAUACCUCAUCCGCUACGAUGCGCAGGAUGCGAGACGGAAGAAAUUCGAGGACGAGGAGCCAGACCCUGUCGAGUUCAUACCAUGGUGGUAUGAUCCCGAGGUGAGGAAACAGAUAAUCGAGGAUAGAAAGGCAAAGGAGGCAGAGAGAAAGGAAGAGAGAAAGAAGGCAGCCAGGAAGAAGAAGAGGGAGGAACAAAAGAGUAAGGAGACUACGAAAUCGAAUCCCGACUGUAUCGAGCCAGAAAAGGAUUUCCUGGACGUCUGCCGCGAAUUGGUGGCCGAAUUCGAGGCUCACGACAAGGAGAAGCCAGAGCGGCAGCAGCGGGAAUUCAGAGAGCACGACAGGGAAGCUCUGCGACACCUACUAGGCGCAAAAAAUAAACCGAAGAAGCGAGCUGACGGGGAAGACGAAGUAGAAAGCAAACAGGAGCAUGAGACCCUUGGCGGACCAUGGACUCAGGUGUCUCCUCACGAGCACGAGCCUGCUGUGCACGAGGUGGCAGCCAGAAAGAGAGUGGUGCUCGAGACGCCUCCUGUUCUGGCGGAGAUCGAGAAAUUUGCUCCUACUGAGGCUUUUGUAACUUCUUUUCUCUCACCUGUUGGAGUAUUGAGCAAUUCUUGA